AUGCGCGUGACAAGGUCUAUGGCGAGCAGCGAGCAGCUGUUACCUUCCUCUGCAUCCAACCGGCCCCUCGAUCAACCCUCCUCACACACCCCGACGCUACCGGUGCCACACCUCUUGCCCAAACCGAGAUACCAUGAGAUUUACGACUUCAUCCAGGGACUUCACGACGGCAAAGAAUCGGUCAAGUAUGGGGAUCAUAAGUUCGCCGUCGCAGUUCGACGUCGAGACUGGCCUUCACUGGAGAAUGAGCUGUUCGAACCAGGAGUGGAGAGCGAGAACCUGAACCGGCACACUGCUGGUUGGGCAGGCGACAAAGUCUACUACAACUACGAUGACCGCACAAGAUCUCUUACCAUCAAAAUGCGCGGUUACGCGCUUUACUGUCGGGUCACAGGAGGCCUUAGGUCCCGGCUGUGUGGGAAGUUGGCCAGUGUGAAGAAAGACGUGGAAUUGGGUUCCCUUCGCACGCCUUGCAUCGCUUUCAACUACGCACACAAGAAUCUUCCAGGAUUCGUCAUUGAGAUUUCGCAUGGUCACAUGGAUCUCAGACGAGCAGCGCAUGAUUACAUAGCUCGCGGGAAGGGCAAUACCAAGACAUUCGUCGGGAUUGAGUUUGAACAUCGUACGCCUGAGCAACAACGCGUGUUGCGCGAACAGCCUCACUGGGCCACCUACCAAGUGUUUCGUUUCCGUGUCAAGGACAAGAACCUGGCGGUUAUAGACGCCGGCACUCGUGUCAAGUUCCGAGAUGCUAAUGCCGACUUUGUAGCCGAUUCUGCGCAGCCAGAUACGGUCGAUCUUCAUGCUCUACAGCUGGACUUUACGCAUCAAGAGCUUCACGACAUCUUCUCAUACGCAGAAAAGUAUUCACGCAUCGUAGACGAGUAUAGCGACAAGAUGCGAUCUGAAAGGAGGCAGGAGUAUGAAUACGCGGAACCGAGCGAUGCGGAUAGUGACUCCAACACUUCUGAUUCUAAGGAUGUCGGCACCGAUGGGAACAACAAGGACCAGGGCGAUUCUGAUAUCCUCAGCCAUGUCGAUGAGAAUCUCAGCGAGUAUGGCAGCCCCAGCGCCACGAUUGCCACUUCACCGGCCCCUGCACGUGGCUCACCACCUCUCAAGAAGCGGAGGCGCGAUGGUCCUGGCAACAUACAGAUUGGCGAGAUCAGAAAGAGCUGA